AGAAAUGCCCCUCGUAGCUUUGAAGUACAACAACGAAGCAUACUACGAAGCAUUUUGGUCAUCUCACAACUCUCGGCAAACGAGCCCUUGCCUGCCCAAACGAGCAGGCCAGCCGCGCACGAUCUUCCUUGAGCGAUCUGCUAACUUAGUCGAAUCACGGCGCCAUGGCUGGAGUAGCUCCUGAGGGAUCACAAUUUGAUGCUCGGCAAUAUGACAGCAAAAUGAAUGAAUUGCUUUUAGAGGAGGGACAAGAUUUCUUUUCAACAUACGAUGAAGUUUAUGAGAGUUUUGAUAAAAUGGGUUUGAAGGAGAACCUUUUGAGAGGCAUCUAUGCUUACGGUUUUGAAAAACCAUCUGCCAUACAACAACGAGGAAUUGUACCCUUCUGCAAGGGUCUUGAUGUAAUUCAGCAAGCACAAUCUGGUACUGGUAAAACUGCAACUUUCUGCUCUGGAAUCUUGCAGCAGUUGGAUUAUGAUUUAGUGGAAUGCCAAGUGUUGGUUCUUGCUCCUACUAGAGAGCUUGCACAACAAAUUGAGAAGGUCAUGCGGGCUCUCGGGGAUUAUUUGGGUGUUAAAGUUCAUGCUUGUGUUGGUGGGACCAGUGUUCGUGAGGAUCAACGGAUCCUUGCUGCUGGGGUCCAUGUUGUUGUUGGCACUCCUGGUCGUGUCUUUGAUAUGCUGCGCAGACAGUCUCUUCAUGCGAAUCAUAUCAGGAUGUUUGUUCUGGAUGAGGCUGAUGAAAUGCUUUCGCGAGGUUUUAAGGAUCAGAUCUAUGAUAUUUUUCAGCUACUUCCCACAAGGGUUCAGACAGGUGUCUUUUCUGCUACGAUGCCACCAGAGGCCCUGGAGAUUACAAGGAAAUUUAUGAACAAGCCUGUAAGGAUUCUUGUGAAGCGUGAUGAACUCACGCUUGAGGGUAUCAAGCAAUUUCAUGUUAAUGUUGACAAGGAAGAGUGGAAACUUGACACGCUGUGUGACCUAUAUGAAACCUUGGCAAUUACUCAGAGUGUAAUUUUUGUGAAUACCAGACGCAAGGUUGACUGGCUUACGGACCAAAUGCGUAGUCGUGACCACACAGUAUCGGCCACUCAUGGAGACAUGGACCAGAACACGAGAGAUAUCAUUAUGCGUGAAUUUCGUUCUGGAUCCUCUCGUGUGCUCAUCACCACUGACCUCUUAGCCCGUGGUAUAGACGUCCAGCAGGUUUCUCUUGUUAUUAACUAUGAUUUGCCGACUCAACCAGAGAAUUACCUCCAUCGGAUUGGGCGAAGUGGAAGAUUUGGAAGGAAAGGUGUUGCGAUCAAUUUUGUGACGCGCGAUGAUGAUCGAAUGCUGUUUGACAUUCAGAAGUUCUAUAAUGUGGUGAUUGAGGAGCUGCCUGCAAAUGUUGCAGAUCUCAUAUAAUGCGAUGUGCCUCAUCUUCCUUUUGUUUGGAAUGUUCAAAGAGUGUUUUAGUUUGUUCAGAGUUUGUAGGUGCCAUGAGUAGUUUGUGUUAUCAAUUUUGGCAUUAUGAAUAUUAAUUGUUAAUUGCUAGCUGCAACUCUUAGUUCUGUAUUUCGUCUUUAAGAUGGAACUUGCGGUGAAACAUCUUGUGCUAAGGAAGCCCCCGGCUGCAAAUUUUGUAGUAGCUAUAGAUGCAUAUAUUCGCUGUAAUGAAACUCAUCCAGUCAAAUGAAGGCUUUUGCAAUGAACGUUUAUGUUAUCCA